AUGCACAAAACGGUAGUAGCAACAGCCGGCUUGAAGCGCGCAAAGGCCAGAACUAAGCGCAAUGGCAAGCGCUCGGUUAAGUUCGCCCGGUUUGCUUUAGGCGAUUUUGUUCUCGUGGCUCCGGCGCUUCAGCAUCCGGGCAAGUUAUCCUUGCGUUGGAAAGCACCAUGCCGUGUCGUGAAGGUGGUCUCGGACCAUCUUUUGGAUGUGCAACAGCUGGUGUCACCAGGCGAAACGUCUUUGCACCAUACCAGCCGCCUCCGAAUGCAAUUUGCAUUCGGUGAUGAAGGUUUCUACGUUGAAGCUGUUCAAGACCUCCGUAUGAGUGAUGGUGCCUGGCAAGUGAAGGUCAAGUGGCUCAGUCUUGAUGAUCUUGAGUCAUCUUGGGAGCCGGCUUUGUCCAUCUACGAAGACGUUCCAGUACUCUUUCGGCGCUGGGCUAUGAGCCGACUUGAUGAUUACGGUGUGGGCGAAAUGCUUGACGACAUGGAGCGUGCGUUUGGCCACCCGUUGUAUGGGGAAGUGUUCUCGGCCGUGCCUCGGAUCAACUACCCGUGCAAGUGUGCAGUUGAUAGUGAGUUCAGUCGGCUGGUUGUGCAAGCCGGCGCAGACAACACCGAUUUAAGCCCAAUUGAAAACGUUUGGGGUGCUCUGGCAAGAAAAGUAUAUGCAAAUGGGCGGCAGUUCGAGACCAAGGCGAGUCUGAAGGCCCAAAUCUUGGUCUCAUGGAACGAAAUCGAGCAGGAGUACUUACAAGACUUGAUUGAAGGCAUGCCUACUCGCAUGGCUCAAGUUCUUUUGCGUCACGGUAACUGUAUUCACAAAAUAGUUGACCCUUUGAAAAUGCGUCUAUAAUUAAUUUCUGGA